CCACUUGCAUCGAGAAACGACUACAAAACCUAUCGCGGAGACUUCUAACAAUCCCAAUCUCUUUACGCGGCCGCUACUUUUUACCUAAUUUGCGAUUAUCUCUUCUUCUUCUUUUUCUUUUCUCUCUCUGUCUCUGUAUCUGUUUGAAUAUGUGUAAAAAUAUCUAGAUUUCUUUUGUUUGUGAAUAUUUAGGGCUAUGUUUUCUGUUUCAAUAGCGAUUUAGUUUCUACCUAUCGGUUCUGAUUUGGUUCUGUCUCGUCGAUUUGGUUCUGUUUCGUUGAUUUGGUUCUGUUUCGUUGAUUUGGUUUUUCUUCUGAAGAUCUAACAGCUCGUUGAUACAUUGAAAUGAGUCAUCCACAGGAUCCACACAGGGCUUUCUUCCCAUUUGGAAAUCCAUUCCGAAUGAUAUUACCUAAGGGCUUGUAUCUCUCUCAUAAGCUUCUGGCAUUGUUGAAUGCGUUUGAGGAUACCUUGGCAGAGAGGAUUAGGAAGCUUAAGCCAAUAGACAGGGAAGAUGUCCUUAGCUUAUCAUGGAUGAGAUUGGCAAUGGAGUCUCUCUGUGAAACUCACAAUGACAUUAAAGUCCUCAUUACUGCCCUUGAACUCCCUGUGUGUGAUUGGGAUGAGAAAUGGAUUGAUGUAUAUCUGGACAAUAGCGUCAAGUUGCUUGAUAUCUGCAUUGCGUUCAGCUCUGAGUUGUCACGCCUGAAUCAAGGGCAUCUGUUGCUUCAGUGUGUCUUGCAUAAUUUGAAUUCCCCCAGUCCAAAGCAGUUUGUGCGUGCUCGUGCUUCACUUGAUAGUUGGAGGCAGCACAUUAAUUCAAAGAACCCAAGGCUUGAGAACUGUUUUGCCACCUUGGACAAUCUUACCACAACUCUUAACCUACCUAAGGUGAAAAACUCAGCCAAAGGCAAGGUAUUGAUGCGUGCUAUGUAUGGAGUGAAGGUGGUUACACUGUUUGUGUGUAGUAUCUUUGCGUCUGCCUUCUCAGGUUCAGCAAAGAGGUUGAUGGAUUUGCAGGUGCUUGAAACAUGCUCGUGGGCUGAAGCUUUUACUGAGCUGCAGGCUUUUGUUAAUGGCGGGAUAAGAAAUAUGGUUUCAAGUGGAAGGGUUAUGGUAUUGAGAGAGCUUGAAGCAGUUGAUAUAACUGUCAAGAAAUUGUACCCCAUGAUACAAGAUGGGGUUGGACCUGUGGAAGCUGAAGCAUUCCAGAUUUCUAUCUCGGAUAUGGGGAAGAGGACUGAGAAGCUCUCACAAGGUUUAGAUGUUCUUGCGAAGGAAGUGGAUAGCUUCUUCCAAAUUGUUCUAUCUGGACGCGAUGCUUUGCUUUGCAACUUUAGAGUGGGUUCUGAGACUAGUAAUGUAGAGGAGCAGCAAGUCUCGAGGUGAAGGAUGAUGAAGAUAAAUUCUCUCCUCUAUUCACGUGAUGGGUGUAGGUAUGGGGAUUUCUGUUAUUUGUUUGGUAAAAAUAUACCAGGUUAUCUAAUGUGUGGUAAUUGGUAUAGUUUAGCCUUUGAGUUGUGGUAUCUUCAUAUUGAAAUGUUUAGUAUGUAUCUGGAUUGUUGUGCAAUAUUAAUUAUAUAUAUAAAAGGUAUGUACUGUUGGCACAAAAAUGUGUUCAUCCUUUUGACCUCAGAAUCAUCUUUUUAAAUUUAUUGACAUGUUUUCCAUCAUGUUUCUCUUGUUUAUCUGCUGUAAUGUUGAGGCUCGUGUUAUGUAACAAGCUGACAAUUUGAAGCUUUUUUUUUUUCCUAAAUAUGCACAACUAUCGUUUUGAGGUAGCUUUCCGAAUUUUGAUGCUUACGAUGUUGAAAAGAAAGAUAAUGGGUAUGGGGUUUUCUGCAGCACUAAGUUGUGAUUUAAAUCAUUCAAUGGUAGGUAUCCCUUGCAACUUGCUAGGGUAAUA